AUGGCGGACGACGCGCGCGGCGAUGGCGGCGCGAACGACGGCGCGAGCGACGCGCGCGCGGCGCCGGAGGCGCGGCCGCGACGCGCGCGCGGGUCGGGGACGGGGACGCGGAACACGCACGCGUCGGGCGGGAGGUUCAGCGCGCGCGAGCGACGCGCGCGGGCGCCGGGGGGGGGCGACGCGCGCGAGAGCGCGUGGUGGAAGACGCUGGACGACGAGGCGUGCGAUCCGAUCACGCUGGAACCGCUGCGAGGGAUGGCGUACGCGCCGUUUGAGAUGGAGGGCGCGGAGGGCGGCGGCGACGGCGGCGACGGCGCGAGGGACGCGAGACGGGGACACAUGUUCGACGGGGCGGUGCUGGCGGAGUACGUGACGCGGUCGAGGUGUUUUGAGAAUCCGCUGACGCGGGAGGCGCUGGAUCAGCGGCAGUGUCGGGCGCUGGACGCGUAUCUGGCGAAGUGGAAGCUGAAGCGUUUCGGCGUGGAGAAGGCGUUCAACGCGGCGGCGAAGGAAAAGCGAGAGGCGGAGUUGAACGCGGAGAGACGGAGCGAGGAACAAAGGUUGAACAUGCAGCGGGAGCGGGACGAGCUACGAACGACGCUGGCGCAGACGAUGUUUACUUCGCUUCGCGAAAGGGCGUCCGCCGAGCGAGGCGGCGGGGGCGGCGGCGCGGACGGUCGACGAAGGCGGGAUGAACACUCGCUCGGCGGUAAUCGCGCGUCGUCGACGGUGCCGCGAUCGACGUCAAUCUCGGAUGCGCUCGCUGAACUGCAAUCGGACGGCAGGUUUGCGCUCGUGGACGACGACGUGUCGAUGCUGCGAGACGUGUCUUUAGCGGACGGCCGAGGCGCGGACGCGCGCGGGCCGAGGCCGCAGGAUCACGGAAGCUUGGCGUCAUGGGGGGGAUGGAGUCGACCAAGCCACAUAGAGAAUAGAGGCAAUGACUUUCCCGAGCUUCCAGGUGCGCGGUCUCGCGGCGGUGGGUCCGGGAACUGGGUUCCCCCUGUGGCGGUGCCCGAUGCGUCCCGCGGCGACUCGUUUCCCACGCUCGAUGCUGGCUCGUCUCGAGCGACGCCGAGUUGGGGAACGUUUGCGCCGAGAGCGAGUGCCGCCGAGCGAUUUAAGGCGAUCCCGCGCAGCACGGCGGCGACUAUAUUUGCCAAGAAGACUUUGACUUCGACGGUUGCCAAGAAGGACGAACCGUCGACGCACGCGGCCUCAGCCGCACCGGUCGAUGAAGCGACGGCGCGGCGUAACAAACUAGCUGAAGCGUUCGGUGUUACUAAGCCCGAUGAGCGACCGAGCAUGUUCGCCGACUCGAGCGCGAGUGCGUUCACGCGCGCUCAACUCGUUUUGGCGCGUAAACAUCCCGACUUGGUCAAGCGACUUGAGGCUACUCUCGAGGAUAUUGUGACCGGUAAAAGCAAGCGACGAGUGUCCAUGGAACCAAUGAACCGGGAAAUGCGUGAGUUAUGCCACGUCGUCGCAGAGUUGUACGGCAUCACGUCGGCGAGCUUUGGCGCAGAUCCGAAGAGACAUAUCGAUUUUUUCGCCGGCGGCAACAAAGGCGGCGUGCUCCCGUCGCUUCGUCUGAGCGAUGCCAUACUCGUGGACUUGGACUCCGCGCCGACCAAAGGGACGUUAGCUUCGAAAACGCGCCCCGAAGAGGCGACGGAGUACUUUGAUGGGUACACAAAACACUUCUCCAAAGGCGAGUACGAAGAGUUGGCGAUGAGUUUCACCGACAUCACCGUCGGCGUCGCCGGCGUGAAGGCGUCCCUUCGCGAGUUUUCCGGCAACUACGUUUUACAAGAGAUCGACGACGACCACGUAGUCGCGCACUUUUGGAAACACGGUACUUUGUUGCAAGCGAGCGGUAAACUCGGGGGGGGGAUGCGAGGGAAAUUCCGCGUGAAAAUUCUCGAGAAGCGAUGCAAAGGCAAAGAACCUGAAGUCGCAACACCCGCUGAGCCAUCUAAGGCGGAGCUAAAGAAACCUGCGACAGGAGGCAGUACGAGCGCGCGACUAUUCCGCGCGUCGACCGCGCGGUCGAGCUCGACGACGCCUCCGGUCGAUGGCCAAGCGGCGAUCGACGAGGCGCUCAACAUGUUCGGGUUUUAG